AUGGGCGUUCUCAGUAUUCUUCUCUUGAUACUCUCGUGCUCAACGAUGGCACAGACCCUUUUCACACAGUCUGCCGGAGUGAAGGGGACGUUGAUGUGUGGUGAUCGACCUCUGGCGAACGCCAAAGUGAAGCUUUAUGAUGACGAUACCGGACCCGAUCUUGAUGAUCUCAUGGCCGAAGGUACUACCGACUCAAUGGGACAAUUUCUGCUCUUUGGCCAUGCUUCAGAAAUCAUGACAAUCGAUCCAAAGUUAAAUAUUUACCACGACUGCGACGAUUCAUUGACGCCUUGCCAACGAAAGGUGUCGUUCUUCAUUCCAAAAGACUACGUGUCAUCUGGUGAACAUCCAAAGAAAUUCUUCGACAUCGGCCAUAUCAACAUGCAAAUACAGUUUAAAUCAGAGGAACGAGACUGUCUGCACAGAAGAUGA